AUGAAUCAAUGUGUUGAACUUGAAGAGAUCAAUUGGUUGAUUGUACGGCUUCACAAUGUCUUAUUUCCUGAAGCUAAUUCUCGAUUCUGCAAAUCGUUUCAAUUCCAGCAAUUCAAUCUCCAGCUCAUCAUCCAAUUCGGUUUCAAGUAACGUGUACGAUUCGGAUCAGAUCAUCGUGUGCUCCACCGGUGAAUUUGAUCGGAUUCCGAUUGAUAUUUUUAUCCAAAUAUUGAAAUUAGUUGGACCUAAAGAGGCGGCUAAGCUGACAGUUGUUUGUAAGUCAUGGAGGCUAAUUGUUUCCGGUAAUUUGUUGUGGAUUUAUUUCCUUCAGAACCAGCUCGAUCCAUGGGACUCUAAAUUCUUCGCUGAAACCACCUUACGCUCCGGUUAUCCGCUUCGAACAUAUCCUUGUCAGAUGCAAUCGUUUAUGCAGAUCUACGGCCAAAGAGCGCAGGUUCCUGGAGCCAUCAUCAUUGACGGUGGUUCUGGCUAUUGUAAAUUUGGUUGGAGCAAAUACGAUGCUCCAUCUGGGCGGGCUGCAACAUUUUUGGAAUUUGGUAACAUCGAGGCUCCAAUGUACUCUAGGCUUCGUCAUUUUUUCGCAACAAUAUAUAACAGGAUGCAAGUGAAAUCAUAUACACAACCAACUGUUGUCUCAAUUCCAAUCACCCAAUAUGGAGAUACGCAAUAUGAUAAAACGGCUAGACGGAAACUAAAAGAAGCCAUCUACUCAGCAAUGUUUGAUAUGAAUGUUCCUUCAGUCUGUGCAGUCAGCCAGGCAACUUUAGCUUUGUUUGCAGCAAGAAAAACUUCAGGGAUUCUUGUCAAUAUCGGUUUUAAUCAAACAUCUGUUGUACCAAUUUUACAAGGUAAGAUAAUGUACAACGUGGGUGUAAAGGUUGUGCCAGCUGGAGCUUUAAAGCUUAUUGGAUACCUCAGAGAGCAAAUGCAACAGAGAAAUCAACGUUUUUCUUCGUUGUACACAGUGAGAACAUUGAAAGAGAACCUUUGUUAUGUGGCUAUUGACUACCAAGCGGAAUUGCAAAAGGAUACCGAAGCUUCAUAUGAAGUUCCUGUUGAGGGUUGGUUUACUCUUAAGCAAGAGCGUUUUCUAACAGGAGAGAUUUUGUUCCAACCACAUAUUGCAGGAUUGAGUUCAAAGGGUUUGCAUCAAGCGGUGGCACUUUGCAUUGAACAAUGCCAUGCUGCGGGAUUGUCCCCUGAUGAUUCUUGGUUCAAGACCGUUGUUUUGGCUGGCGGCACUGCGUGCUUACCAGGAUUAGUCGAAAGAUUAGAUAAGGAACUCCGUCUUCUUCUUCCCCCAUCGAUAUCUAGUGGGAUACGCGUUAUUCCACCCCCGUAUGGUGCAGAUUCUGCAUGGUAUGGGGCCAAGCUUCUCAGCAAUUUGAGCACCUUCCCUAGUUCCUGGUGCAUUGACAAAAAAGAUUUCCGACCCAAGUCCAAAAGAAACUUCCUUUGGUAAACGUUGUUGUUUUACACCGGUUGAAAUUCUAAAGGUUUUAAUGAUAUUAUACCAAGUUUUGAAAGGGAUGAUGAAGUUAUACCAUAACAAUAUGUAUGUUGUGUAAUAAUAUUGUUUUAUACUAAUAAGUAACGCGUGAUACAUUUAUAAGUGUUA